CUAGUACGUUAUUGGGUUGCACGUGUUAGGUGUUUUGUUUUGCUCCAUGAACUCGGUUUAAUUUAUCCGUAAAACGCGAUAUUAAACAAUGGUGGCCAAGGGAAAGAAGGCCAGCGCGGAUGCUGUUUACGCCAAAAAGACGAUCAAGUCGUCCAAUCCCUUCGACAACUCAGCGGCACUGUCGAGCAAGCGAGGCAAUCCCUUCGAUGUGCACGUGAACAAGGAGAAGUUCAAGAUUCUGGGGAGGAUCUGCAAGCAUGACAGGGGAAUGCCAGGAGUGUCGCGGGCCAAGGCCCUCCAAAAAAGAGCCCAGACAUUAGGUCAACAGUUCGCCGUGAAGCACAAGACCAAUCGCUUCAAGGAUAACCGAAUCGGCAAGCACUUGAGUGGCGAUCAGCUAACUGAGUCAGUGAUGAAUGCCCGCUACCUGGCCGAAAAGAUGUCCCAGGUGCGAUCCAACCAGAAAGCGGAGAAGUUCAACCUCAAUGACGACGAACUACUUACGCACAGAGGACAAACUCUGGAAGAGAUCGAACAGUACAGAGAUGAGCGGUCCGACGACGAGGAACUAGACGACGAGGCAUUGGACGCGGACUUUACUGCUGCUGCUCAUUUCGGCGGAGAGGGAGACUCUGCCCAAGACCGCCAAGCGGCCAUUGAUGAGAUGAUCGUUGAGCAAAAACGCCGAAAGAACGAGAUCGCCAAAGAGAAGGACGAAGUGUAUGAUCUCACCGAGAAACUUGAUGCCAACUAUAAGCAUCUGCUUCCGCUAGUGGCCAAAGCCACGAAGGAUGAGCAGGACGCCAAGCCACCGCCAGAUGCGUACGAUAAACUGCUCAAAGAGAUGAUCUUCGAGCCGAGAGGCAGUGUUGCGGAUAAACUAAUCAAUCCCGACGAGCUGGUCAAACAGGAGGCCGCUCGUCUGGAGAAGCUCGAGAACGAGCGGCUCCGUCGAAUGCGAGCCGAUGGCGAGGAGGAUGAGGAGGCCUCCAAUGCCAAACCCAAGCAUCGAUCUGCCGAUGAUCUGGACGAUGGCUAUUUCUUGGCUGGCGAAGAUGACGAGGGAGAUGAUACACUCGCUUACGACUUGGACGGCAAUCUUGGAACACACCUUAAUGGAAAGAAGGAACUGAAGGCGGAAGGAAACGAAAAUGAGGACAAUGAUGAGGAAGGGGAAGAGGAGGAAGAUGAGGACUCGGAUGAGGAGAGCGAUUCAGAGGUCGACAAUCUGAGCGAUCUUAAGGAGUCUGAUAGUGAAUCCGAGCAAGAAGAAGUUCCCAAGGCUAGUAAAAAGAAAGCGAAAAAGUCAGAGUAUACAAUUCGCGCCUCCUUGGACACCAGCAUACCGUUUACCAUCAAGAUGCCCAAGACCUACGAGGACUUCACAGAGCUCCUCUCCAAGCAUGCUACGGCACAGAAGACGACCAUUAUCGAAAGAAUCAUAAAAUGCAAUCAUCCCAAACUGGAAGGUGUUAAUCGUGAUAAUGUAGUUAAGUUGUACUCAUUUCUGCUGCAAUAUUUGAAGGAUUCGUUUGAGGAUGCCAACGAGCAAGAAAUUCGCGAACACUUUCAAUUGCUCUCAAAGCUUAUGCCCCACUUUUAUGAAUUAACGCAACUGAAUCCCGAACGCAUGUCCAAUACAUUACUAGAGGUGAUUAAAGAGAAGUACGGAGAGUUUAGAAAAAAUCACAAGAUGUAUGCUUCACUAGAGACUUUGGUGUACUUCAAACUAGUGGCCAACUUGUAUUCGACUUCCGAUUUCCGCCACCCGGUGGUCACUCCUUGCUUUAUUUUCAUGCAACACGUCUUGUCCAGAUCACGAGUGCGUACGCGACAGGAAAUAUCCAUGGGCCUGUUCCUGGUUACCGUAAUCUUGGAGUUUGUGUCCCAAUCCAAGAGACUGGUUCCAGCCGUAUUCAAUUUCCUGCAGGGUAUUGUACACAUGUCCAUACCCAAAAGGGAUGUGGAACAGUUGGAGAUCACGCCGCCCUUUGAGCGCGAUGGUCCAUUAAGCAAGCUCCUGGCACUCCCAGCUAACCAGGAAUGCACGAAGUUGAAGCCCCAGCAGCUCCAGCCUGCGGACUUGGUCACCCAGACGAUCACUCCAGAUUUCAAAGUGCGAGCACUGGAUACAUCCCUCCUGCUAAUCAAGGAAGCUCUUCAGCUGGUGGAAGAGCAUGUUGGCGCCUGCUACCUGGCCAAACCCUUCCUGAGAUUACUCUCCCGCCUUCCACUGGAGUCCUACCCUGAGCAUGUGCAUCUGCACCACAAGGAAGCCACCGAACUGGUGGAGAAGCUGGCUGCGCAGAAAAUGAAACUUCUGGCUCCGGCGGCAAAGAAGCCUAAAGCUCUUAGGCUGCUGGAACCUCGAUUCGAGGCGGUGUAUGAUGACAAACGGCGUCCCAAGAUGUCCAAGGCCAAGGAGGAGCGGGCCAAGCUGCUGCAUAAGAUCAAGCGCGAAAAGAAGGGAGCCAUUCGAGAAAUCCGCAGAGAUACCGCCUUCGUCCAGGAGCUUAAGCUCAAACAGACCCUGAAAAGCGACAAGGAGCGCCAUGAGAAGGUUAAGCGUAUUUAUCAGGAGGCCUCAGUGCAACAGGGCGAGCUUAAUGAGCUGGCGCGGGCCAAAAAGAAGAAGUUCUAGGCUUGACUUGGAAUUAGUUAUUUUUAUCUAGAUUAUAAACAAAGCAGAAAGUAAAGAAUAUAGCAGUGUUGCCUAUAUUUAGGUAUCACAUAAUCAGCCUUCACAAUUUUUAUAGUAAUGCAAAUCUACUAACCCACAUUAUG